AUGCCGAAAAGUCUUGCUAACAAAAGCCCUUAUGACAAUUCCAAUAGGGCCAAAUCGCAAGCAAACAAGAAUAACAACAACAGCAAUACAUACCUGAAGCCACAAACACAUCAUGCACAACAACAAUAUGGUGGUAAGAACUUGAAAGCGUUUAGCAAACGUAGAUUUAGUAUUGCCAAUUCAACAAGUUCAUCUUCAUCACAAGAUUACUUGUCUGACAAUGAGUCAGAGAGAACAAGGACCCCGAAUCAGAACAAAUCAGGCUCAUCAAAAAAUGUGCACUACAUCGAUUCAGAUUCAGAUUCAUCUUUGACUGCUAUUUCCGAUGACGAAUUUGCAAAGAGUUUUCAACAGAUGGGCAAGAAAUCGCGAGGCAAAAAGACUGUCAGUGGUAAAAAGGGGAAAACUUAUGGCAGAAAGGCAAUACCGAGAAAAUCUCUUGGUUUGUCGAAACAGGAUCUCCAAAAUUAUGAGAAUGAAGUCAUUGCCGUUUCAUCUGGCGACGACGAUAAUGAUGAUGAAGUCGAUGUUUCAGAUUUGAUUUCGGAUACCACCAGAACUUCCAAAGCGGGCAGUGAUCAAGAAGAUGAGAGCGACAAUGAUGACGAUGAAAAAGAGCAUAUUGCUGGAUUAUAUGCUCUCAUGAACAACGGAAAGCAGUUACGUGCUAAUGACUCAGAGGAGAGUAAUGAUGAAUCGAACGACUCCAACGAUGGUUCAGAUGGAGAGAUGGCUAGUUCAUCAGAUGACGAUUCCGAUGUUGAUUUUGUCAAGCUACAGAAACAGCAAAAGGCUAAUGCUUUGCAAACUGCAAGGGCAAGAAAGGGGUUGAAGAAGGAACAAUCCCCGAAUGGCUCUAACGAUGACGCUUCAGCUUCAGCCGAUUCCAAUUCAAGCUCUAUUUCAAAAGAGGGGCAAGAUAAAGCAAAGAAUAAGGGCAGUACAAAACAAAGAAAAAACUCGAUCAAAUAUGGGAGAAGGAAAUCGGAUGUUAUUCUACCCGACAUAAACUUUAAAUUUGAGUUUGAUAAGGUUGAGAGAGAUGAAGAUGACGAUGAUGAAGAAGAGGAAGAGGAGGAGGGGGAGAAGAAGAAGGGUGCGUGGGAACAACAUGGAGAGCUGAAACCUGAUCUUACUCUCAAACCAAACUCAGUCGAAGAGGAAGAUGUGGGUGAAGAAGUUGAUUAUUCCCCAAGUUUGCCCUUGGACACCGACCAACAGCAAAAUUUUGACUUUGAGUUUGACCAUGAUCUUUUACAUAUUCCUAAAAUGAAUGAUAGUGAUUUGAACUCGGAUGAGGAUUAUGAAAUUGAUGAUAAUGAAUUAUUGGCUACUUUGCAAGCUGAAAAUGAUGUUGAUGAGUUUUUGCCACUGAUUGCAAAUGAUUCAGGUAUUUAUGAUAAAACUUCUCGAGAAAAGAGUUCAGUCAAUGUAGGUCAAAGUGGGUCGGUGGUGUUGGCGUCAGAAGGUACCGAUGCAGACCUGGAAGGUGUCACUGGUGACGACUACGAAGAUGAUGACGAUGAAGAUGAUGAAAACGAUCCCUUUUUAAAGGAAGAAGAGAAGUUUCUUGUCAAUGAAUUUGAAAAUAAUGGAUUUGAUGAUAACGGUGAUGGCAAGUUUGGCAGUCGAAUUGUUGGUGAAAAGGAGCACAACGACGACGAAGAGGAUGAAGAAGAUGACGAUGAGGACGACGAUGAGUUUACAUUUGAUGAUAGCGAGUACUCGACUUCCAAAAGAAUUGUCAAUUCGUUCAAAGGAAUUGGUGAAGACCGUAGUAAACCAAUUGUUGAAUAUGAAAGCAGUGCUUCUCAAGAAAGCGAUUAUGAUGAAGAUGACUACGUUGACUUUAUUGACUUUGAUGUGCCAUUUUUUGACGAAAGUGAUGUCGGUGGCUCUGCACCACCAGCUAAACAUUCAUUAACUUCACCAAGUAAAAUACCAAAGCACAAACAUAGCAAUAGCGAUGAGGAUGACGAUUCGUAUUUGUGGAACUAUUUCUUUAGUUCCGACAAUGAUUCAUCGAGUGAACCUGAGAAUGAUACUCUUGCUCGGCACCAUGAUAAUUUAUCGACAAGACAAAGAAGCAAAAGAAGAAGAAGUAGCAAAGGCAAAAAAUCAAAGUCGUCAGGUGCUGGUGCUCACGCCAAUGUCGAUGAUUUGUUUAAUGAAAUUGAUCACGACAAGACGUUCAAGUCGAAAGGUCCAGGGGAUCAGGAUGCAACAAAGUACAAAGUCAAGAAUAGCAAAGACUUUGGACUGCGAAUAGACGGCGGUCAUGAUGCGGCCAAGACGGUGUAUGGUGAUGACGAAGAUGGCUAUGGCAAUGCCUAUGACAGCUCUGAAUCAACAGAUGUUGAUGAGUCGUUGCCCAAAAAUACCAAUGCGUCUUCUCAAAUUGGCUCGAAAAAGGCCACCGAAGUACUUUCGUCGAAAACUGCCGAUUAUCGUCCUCCAAUGUUGGGGUCGUGGGUUACUAUUGAUAGCAAGCCAUUUGGGAUUAUUGAUGGAAUGAGUACACGUUCAUUACAGCAACAACAACAACUGCUGCUGCAUCCACAUCAUCAACAUCCACAACAGCAACUGUCAUCGGUUAAUAAAUCACAAGAACCUCGUGGAAUGCCGUUGGACCAUAAUGCACUUUCACCGGCGUCGCGUGCAUUGGCGGGAGUAGGACAAAGCAACUUAUCCAAUCAGUCGAUAUCAAAGAGGAAAAGCAUAGGACAAAUACGGCAUAACCCAUUAUCAUCACAAGUACAAGUACAGGGCCAGGGCCAGGGCCAGCCUAAUUCGGAUGAGCUGCUGGUUUUGGGUUUGGAUGACUUACUUAAUGUGAGUGAAUUAGAUAAUGACGAUGAGAAUGAUGUGAGAAUAUGGCGUGAUUUCAACAAUGCCCAGAAAUCAAGAGUGCCAUUGGGUGCAUUUAGGAAUAAGUCUAUACUUCACAAUCACCAUCAUCUUCAACAACAACAACAACAACAGGAAAAGCAGCAAGAACAAUUAACCCAUCAUCAGCAUCACCGUCGUAAUAGCAAAUUACAUAAUCAUCAACAACAACAUCCAGGUAAGCACAAUAUAAACCUGGUGCAGCAGCCAACAGGUGCAGUCAAGAGAAGAAAAUCAUCAGCUGUUGGUAUGGGUACUGGUACUGGUACUGGUACUGGUACUGGUACUGGUACUGGUGGAAUUACCACUGGCAUUGGCGCUACAGGAGUGGCAGGUGCGCCUGGGUAUAGAUCGACAAAAUCGGGGUUGUUUAGUGAAGCAGCUUUGGCUAGUGUUGAGGAGAUGUUGGGUGAUGAUUAUGAUGUGAUGGCUUUAAUUGAACGGUUGUAG